UGAGCUUCACCCAAACUUGGCGGAGCCCCGUGGAGCGUCACUGUGACCGCCACUUCAGCCUCACUGCACAUUUUCUGCUGCAGAUGCUCGAUCAGGUGGUUCCAACUUCAUCCCCACGGACACGCCGGUGAUGCUGGAGCGCGUGGAUUAAAGAGAGCCUCCAACUAUCUGGGGCUCUGCACCUUGCACGUGGCCGAGGACUGCCUCCUUACUCGACCUUCAGCAUCCAUCAGCUUCACACAGCCUCUCACACCGAGCCAUGAGCUCCUCUCUGCCCAAAAGCGACUCGACCACUUCUCUGCUCAGAUCAAACCGCAGGUCCGCGCACCCGGAUCGCGGCGCACACGGUCACCGGAGCCACCGCGCUCACCAUCACCAUCCUCCCACCGGAGCUGGAGGCGGCGAGGAUGCAGCCUGGACGGAGGAGUGCGAGACCAGUGCGCGGAGACCUCUGUGCCAGCCCAGACACGCAGACUCCAGACAUUCAAGUGAUCAUCACCGGGUGCAGAAGAGCCACCGGCAGCAGAGCCCCCUGGAUGAUGGCUACGCUCAGGAGGACGUGCGGCACAAGACGAGCCGGCAUCAGAAGGAGCGCAGCAAGACCUCCAGAUCCAAGCAUCACCACCACGACUCCUCCAGAGGUGAGCCGCCUCCUGCAGCGCACCACCAGGGCGGCUCCCGGCAGGACAGGAGGACCUCACCGACCCCGUCUUACCCCAAACACCAGGACGAUGCUGCUUUCUUCUUCGAGCCCAGUGAGAGAGUCGUCACCGGGUCAACCUCCAGCCUCAGCUCUGACCCGCCUGCGACCAGAGCGCCGGUCCAGCAUGCAUCCGGCCGCACGUCCAAAAGACUGAGCGCAACCCCGUCUGAGUACGACUCCAGUCUCCAUCCCAUAGUGAAGUCAGUGUUUGGACAGGACCAGAAGAAGAACUACAAAGCAGUGCAGUCCUGUGAGGAAGGGGGAUCUGGGGGGGCCUAUCUUGAGCCACUAGUAGCCCUGGCCCAGAACGGAGCCAACAUGCACAACGUACUGGGGCCUGCAUGCAUCUUUCUACGCAAGGGCUUCGCUGAGAGCCGGCAGGCUGACCGAGAGUUGAGGCCAGAAGAAAUGGAUGAGUUGCGUGAGGCUUUCAAGGAGUUUGACAAAGACAAAGACGGCUUCAUUGGCUGUAAAGACCUGGGGAACUGCAUGAGAACGAUGGGCUAUAUGCCGACAGAGAUGGAGCUCAUAGAACUGAGCCAGCAGAUCAACAUGAACUUGGGAGGACAUGUUGACUUUGAGGACUUUGUUGAACUCAUGGGGCCCAAACUUCUGGCCGAAACAGCUGACAUGAUAGGAGUGAAGGAGCUGAGGGACGCAUUCAAGGAGUUUGAUACUAAUGGCGACGGCCAGAUCAGCACUGCAGAACUUAGAGAGGCCAUGAAGAAACUUUUAGGACAACAGGUUGGACACAGAGAUCUGGAGGAGAUCCUACGAGACAUUGACCUCAACGGAGACGGACAUGUAGACUUUGAAGAAUUUGUGCGGAUGAUGUCUCGAUGAGUUCCUGGCAGAGCGCUAAGACGCGAAAACGCAACCUGGAUUCUUUGCUGGAAACAGGAGGAAGAGUCCAGCACCGAAUACUGAUGGAUCUUGAACAUUCUGAACUGUCAAUGAACAAGACAGCAAAAAACAAAACAAAAAAGAAACAACAAAAACAAACAUACAUAUCAACCUGCCCUGAAACUGCCACGCUGAAGCACAAAGGCUGACGACUGCAGCCGGGAGCAACACUGUUAAUAAAUGAUGCUGCUGUUUCUUAGAGCAUAAACAAAACCAACGGUUGCACUUCUGACUUUUUGCAGAGUAUAUUUUAAAAACCUACGUUCCUUUAAUGACGUUUCUAAUGCUGAUGCGGCUGUUGACCCAAUGGGUAACAAAUAAUGUGACGUUUGAGCCAUUUGCCUCAAACCCCGACUAAAACUAUGUUGUUAACUGUAGCAGUUAUGAUGUAUUUUUAAGACAGCAGUAUGCCAGCAAAUAUCCAACUAAUACAGCACCUUCCUUUUGAAUGCUGGGGAUAAGUUAAGCACAAAUACAAAUGGCAAUAUGGAUAUAUUUCCUGUGAUCCUGUUGAAGCUGUGCGUUUGUGUUUUGUGCAUACUGUUGUUUCUCUCCCCUCUAUGCUGUAGAUGUAUUCUGUCGCGAGAGACUAUUGUUAAACUUUGAUUAAGGCAAGCUAGUGUGUGUUUGGUCAUUAUAUGUAAUGUAGCACUGUUACAGUUCUGACUUUAAUAACAUAAUGCCUAUUUUACUGUGAUUAUAUAUAUAUAUAUAUAUAUUUAUGUCAUUUCCGGUGUGCAUUAGACCAACAGACUCCUUCAAACUGCAAAACUUUGAGGAAAAUUCUUGCUACUCUUGACUACUGUGAUAGGCCUUUUAAUAACAUGUAUUUUUUACUAAUUCUGAAUAUUAUUCUGCAUGAAUACAUAUAUCAUGAGUUUGAGAAGUGGGUGAUCAACAGAGCGUUAAAUCAAGAGAUGAAAGCUGGAUUCUGUUAAUGCUUUAAUUUCUAUCAGAGAGCUUUGAUUAAUAUAUUUGUUUCUAUGGUUACUGUGAGUCUACUGAGCCUACAGAACACUUCAAGUGACUUUUGGUGCAACAUCUACACUUCUAACUUUAAUACCUCAAAAAUGAAUCAAACAAUCAACCUCAUCCAUGACCAUCCCCUUAGUCAGUCUGAUCUCUAUCAGUUUCAUUUCCUUCAUUGUUGAUAUUUGUAAGGAAGCGAUAGGAGCUUCUUUAUGGGAAAAAAAGCCAAAGAGAGUUUACAAAAAAUAUCAUGUUAGUCUAUUCCAGUGUAGUAACUGUAUGCUGUAUUUUUCAGAAAAUUUGAUGCAUUGGAUUACAUCUCCAAAACUUGAAAUGCCCUUCAGUUGUUUGGACAGUUGCGUUCUAUGGGGUAUAUGCAUGCCGUAAAGUUAAGAUGUUCUUCAAAAAGGGAAAUCUUACUUUGUGAUUUUUCUUGUCUUAACUGUGUGAAACUAUGCAUGCCAGAAAACAACUGCAAUUUGUAGCAGAGAAUAUCAAAAAUAAAGGUUUUUAUUCCAACUUGA